AAUGGCCAUUAGACAAGUGAAUGAGGAUACGAACCUUCUUUCUGGUAUUAAACUUGGUUAUAGCAUUUUAGAUGAUUGCGAUAACUUUCUGAGUGUUAUUGGUGAAUCUCUAUUGUUUCUUCCUGAGCAGAGAUUUGAAGUAAAUGCUGUUGUUGGCCCCUACUCAAGUACCCAGGCUAGAGUGGUUGCACCGUUAUUUGGAUUAUAUGAAAUACCUCAAAUAUCAACUUCAGCGUCUAGUGACGAUUUAUCGGACAAAUCAAGAUAUCCUUACUUUUCCAGAGUGGUAAGUCCUGAUAAGUUCCAGGCUGUUGCUCUUGUUUCCUUCAUGUAUGAAAAUGGCUGGAACGUUUUUACCAUUGUCUACUCUGAAGGCCCCUAUGGUGAAAACGCAGCGAGGUGGAUAAAAAAUGUUGCGGCACAGAGAAACAUAUGCGUUUCAUCGUAUAUAAAGGUUCCUGGCCAGAGUACGAAGAAUGACUGGAAUCGUAUAUGUAAGAAGCUUAAGAGGGAUACAAGGACAGAUAUCGUCGUUUUGGCACUUGGUAAUAGUAAUUCAAACUUUUUUUUUCGUAAAAUAAGUGGAGAUGAUGUACUACUGUCGAAAUUAUACUUGGGAACAGAUUCCCUAUCAUUUUUGGAAGAAAAGAGUAGAUCUGUUGUUAAAUAUAAUACUUUCUUUACGAAUUUUCCAUUCAUAGAAGUACCCGGUUUAAGAGAAGAAGUGUAUGGCGAGAUUCCAAAAAAUUCUACUGAAAAUCCAUGGCUUUACGAAUAUUGGUCAAAAAUUUUUGAUUGUAGUUGGAGUAAAACAAAACUUCAUACGAAAAUUUGUCAAACUCAUUCAAAAAUUUCCUCAUUAAAAGAAAAACAACUUAAAUUCUCUGAAGCUUGGUCGUCAGGUAUUUAUGAUUCUGUAUUGAUAUUCUCUCGAGUUAUGGACGCGAUUAUCAAAGAAGAUUGUCCUAAUGCUACUAAACACGAAUUGAACAGUUGCGUUACUGGACAGAAAAUACUUGAGAAAACACGUAAGGGAACUUUUCCGUCAUUAACAGGAAAUGUCUUGUUUGAUAGUGUUGGUGACGUAAUUGGAGAUUACGAUAUUGUUCAAUUUACAGUGGCGGGCGAUAGGAGAACUGUUGGUAAAUGGUUUAGAUCAAAUAACACAAUCACUUGGAAAAAAUCUCCUAUCGCCUGGUUUAGGAACAAAAAACCAAAAGGAAUUUGCAGUUUCCCCUGCCCUCCAAAACAUUAUCGUAUAACUUUCCAAACGACUUGCUGUUGGGAGUGUAGAAGAUGUCGAGAAAAUGAAAUUAUUAUUGAUAAUUCUUCAUGUGCAUGCUGUCCAGAAUUUACUUGGCCAGAUGCUGAAACUGCAACAAUGUGCCUGAAUAUAGAACCUUGGUCCUCAAAAUUAUCUGAUACCCAUAGUAUAUGCCUGGAAUUAUUCGCAGUCUUUGGCUUGGCCGCCGAAUUGUUUAUAGUCAUCGUUUAUAUUCUAAAUCGAAAAGUACAGCUCAUUAAAGCUUCUUCAUUGAUUUUGUCUCUCUUUAGCCUAUUGGGGGUUGCAAUAAUACUAUUAACAGUGUUCUUCAUUUUAGCACAGCCAACAAAGCAAAUUUGCUAUGUACAGAGAAUUCUAUUUAAUCUAUCCUACACUAUAUUAUACGCACCUCUUCUUUGCAAAGUAGCUAGACUAUUGAGAAUAUUCAGAGCUGGGACAGAAGGAAGAACUAAUCUAAAUACUGAUAGUGCUGAAACAACCGUUUAUCCACGAAAAUUACGUUGA